CAAUAGAUCUCAUGUUCAGAACUUCGAUAUACCACGCUCAUGUAGAUAACAAGAGAAAGGCGGCGUCAAUGUGGGAAAGGCCCCAUGAAUCGAGGUUUAAAGUGCGAGAAAUCGAUCUGAUCUGGCGAUGGAGUGGAUUCGGAGCCGCUCCGAUCUGCAUUGCCUUUUGUUUGGGCCCCCGGAUUUGCGAGCGCAUCAUAGAAUUGCCUGCGCGAUCUCAGACGCGAUCGGAAUCAACCAGGAUGGGGCCUGUGCGUGCCGCGCCCUUGUGGCCCUCUUCCGUACCGCUUCCGUGCCUCAGGCGGAAAUAUGGCUGAACCCUAUGUCUAGCAUGACUCGAGGGCACUUUCUUUCCUUUCCUUCCCCAGCCCCGUCGCAUGUACCGCAUUUCGAAUUCCCAGGCACAGCAUCGGGCGAUCGUCUCAGGCUAGCCCUGUCUGUGGGCUGCCUCGUCGAAUGUAUGACGAGUGUCAUGUCGAACGCUGGUGAUGACGAUGAAUUCGAAAUGUCAAGCGGUAUAGGGAGGUGUUUCUGGCACUAUGCGAUUAUGCGCCUUGAUUGUCCUCAUGUUCCGAAGGAAAUCCUCUUGCUCUUUCUUCGCCGGCGACUGCUAAUUUUAUUCCAAUAAGGUAAGGUAUCGGGGUGUGGUGGACCCUGAGGAGUUCUAGACUGGCGAACCAUGGCCUGCGACUUUACCCAAAACAUAGGGAGAUCGGCGGAUUUCAUGUCACGACAGGACGUCGUGCCCUCGGAGAGAAGUCCAGACGUCAAGAUGAGCCUCGCCGCGCCGGGCCUCAUGUCUUUCAACCGAAGUGCUCAG